UACCAUGUACCUCUCUCUCUCUCUCUCUCUCUCUCCGCGGGACGCUACCGCAACGUACAGCAAACAGACAACGCAUAUUCCCAUUCCUAUUUUGCUUUCCUCACAGUUUUCACUUUUCAACACGCACCAAAUUUCUCAAUUCCCAAACCUCCUUUCGCUGCGAAACUCCCCGGAAUUCGGCUAACCCACCACCCGAUUCCCUCCUCUCAAGACCCUUCCUUGUCUGGAGAUCCAGCAUAUACCCAAAGGGGGAAGAGAUAAUUUAGAUUUUCUGUUUUCGUUCAUUUCUUCCCUUUUUGAUGGCGAAGAAGCGGAAGUCGCUGGCGAUGAGCCUGGACGAGGUGGAUCGGACCAUGUACUCCUCCUUCUGCAGCGCCGCUAACUCGCUUUCGCAGCUCUACACUCAAUCCAUGAACCAACAGAAGCUUUCCUUUCAAGCCGGUGAACGCGAAGGGCUGGAGAAGUUGUACCAGUGGAUCUUGAGGCUACAAGAGGGAGGAUCAAGAGUAACCACAGUUGACAUUCUCAAUUACCUUCAGUCAGAAUUAAACAACUAUGGUGAGGAGCAAUCCAUGUCGCCCAGGCCUCCAUUCCAGAACCCACAUUCACAGCCAAUGCAUGUUGCAAACUCUGGCUUCCCCGUGUCUUUGGGCUCAACUGGUGUUCCAUCUGUUGGGCAAGGGAUCCGACCUGAUCAUUAUGAUCAACAACCAAAGAAUUAUGUUUUCUCAAAUGCUCUGUCAAGUCCUGUUCGGCGAAGCCUGCAAAACUAUCACAUUGCUCAGGGAGACUACUACGCAAAUGAAGGUCCUACUGCAAAUGGAAUAAAGCACGACGAACCAAACUUCCAACUGCACAAUAGGGACUCUAAUGGCUAUAACUCUAACGAUGCCUCCAUGGAUAUGCAUGCCGAAAGUCCAGUUCAUGAAGCUCCUUAUUGAAGAAUUCCUUAAUUGUAAUGUCGCUAGAAGCUGCAAUUUCUUUAGAAUUAGCAAGUAGAAAUGACAUGGUUGCUUCAUGCCAGGGGUUGCUAGUGCUAUUGUGAUUUGGGUAAUUGGGUGUAGGGGGGGAAAAGGAUUAAAGAAAGUGGGAAAAAUCAAUGUAUGUAGUAAAACACCAAAUUUGUGGAAUACAAUGUUGUUUUUUCCCUGA